AUGUGGCUGUCGCGGGCCUCGCCGCCGGCCGCCCAGCGCAGGGUCCUCGCCUCGUCGCUUCCUCUGGAGGAUCCCGAGCGCCCGCCCCCCGGCGGGCAGCGGCUGCGUCUGGGGGAGUCCGGAGGCGGCCCCGGGCCGGGGUGGUGGCUUCCCGCCCUGCGGCGCCCGUCAGAGGCGGAGCGCGCCUGGGCGUGGCCUUCGCGGCCCCGAGAGCCGCCGCUCGUCCCCGCGGCUGGGCAGAGCCCGGGGGCGGCGCGGGGCGCGCGGCCGAGGUGCGCGAGCGAGGGUGGCCUGGCGCCCUGUGCGCGGGCGGCCCCGAGCGGCGGCGUGUCCUCGGCCCACCUGAGGGAGCAGGCGGGGCCGAAGGACGGCGCGCUCCAGGCCCCCGCCGGGGGCUUCACAGACCCGCCCUGGUCCCCGAGUGGGCACAGCGCCCAGAAGCGGGAGCUGCAGGAUGGCGAAAGAGCUGUAGACUCAGAAAGCUCUUGUCCUGAGUAUGGAGAAAGUGACCACCAGUUGCUCAGCUCCCGAGACGCUGUGGAGAGAAGCAGCGACCUGUGGAGCUCACAUUGCUGCGACCACAGUGGCGUGCAGUGCGAUGUGAGGCGCUCUGAAGAGAGUCGCACGGCCGCACUAAGAGAGGCGCCCUGCAGGGGAGCAGAGACGGCCCGGGACAGGCGCACACCUGCCCGGCUGGGAAGGUCUCAGAGCAGGCACUGUCACGUUGGACGCAGUUUGAAAAGAAGUGGGCGAGUUUUUGGAGUUAUGAGAAAUUACAGGGCUAACAAUGGAAGUGUGAAAAGACCUAGAGAAAAGCUGAAUUUGCUACAGUUGCAAGUAGAACUUUUAGGCGAGAAAGAUGAUCACAACACAAAAGCCAUGAAUGUGCAUGAACAGCAGUCAGCUCCUCUGAUGAUAGAAAUGCCAGGAGAUAUUAUGAAACCUAUGUUAAAGGAAAGAAGGCCUAUAUUUAAAACUCAACAAAUUUUUGAAGGGCCCAAGAAAGAAAACUUUGAUUCUUUCAGUACAACAACUAAGAAUCUAUGCCUUACCAUUUUUGAAACAUCUGAAAAAAUUCUCUUUUUAAUGGACAUUGAUGACAUGGAAGAACUUUCUCUGAUAAAAGGAUCUCAUUAUAAGAGUAUAAGUCGUCUUGAACAACUCUCGAAUGGAGAGACUUGGGGUCACUGUAGCUUCAGUAUUGUUAAAACACAUAUGAAAUCUGGUCCUCAGUUUACACGGAAAAAACAUGGAUAUAUUAGUGGAAAAUAUCAUGAAAUAAAUAUGCACAACCAAGAUUUAGGGACUGAAAGAAAACAGGAUCCUAAGAAGGUCAGUAGCUUCACUUUUAAGCACACAUUUGAAGGUUCUUUUAAUGUUAGACCACAGGCUAUACUGGCAAACCAAAACACAAUUCAUGUUGUGAUACAGAUCAAUAGGAUGACUAUAAGUCAGGUGCUAAAUUUUGAGAACUUCCAAAAUGAAAUAGAAGGAAUCAAAUAUGACUAUGUUUUGAAGAAGGAAGUAAAACUCAUAGCACAGAGUUCAAAAUAUAGUUGCCAAGUUUGUAUUAAGAUAGAAAAGGAAGAGGACAGGUUUUUUCCAAAGGAUGGUAUGCUUUCUGUGCAGUCAAUUUCAUUAAUAAGUAAGAGAGUAAAUGUGGAAGAAACUAAAUCUGUUAGUCAAAACAGCACAACAGAUAAAAAUGAAUAUAAGAGUAUUUUGCAAGAAAGUGAGUUAGCUAAUUCAGAGCAUUUUCAUCGAAAGAAUGAGGCUACGUUAUAUGUUAAUCAUCAAUUUGAAACUGAUUCAAAUGAAGGGAACAAUGAAUGCUUUCAGAACUUAACCGAAGAAUGUUUAUCAACAGAAACUAUGACAGUAGUAAAAGAUUUUGAGAUGAAGAGUAAAUUUGAUUUGGUACUUGAAGAGCUUCGUAUGUUUCAUGAAAUUAGUAAGGAAAAUGAAAUUCCAACCACUGUGGAAACAAACAAUGGGCAACAAAAUUACUUUGAAGAAAGCAGUGAUGCCAAGGAGGCAAAAAUGGCUAUAGAAAAAGAUUUGAAAAUGGUUACAGCUGACAGAAAAUGUGCAUCUCCUUUGCCCUGUGAUACAAUAGUAGGUCCUAGUAUUCAUAGAAGACACCAAAGUUUAUUUAAGUGGAAAACAGUACCUAAUAAUGGAGAACAGGAAGUUCCCAAUGUGUAUUGCUGUCCUAGAACACCAGAGGAAGAAAUACUCUAUUUUACCUCUGAGCAAGAUGGUAAAAAUACUUUACCUAAAAGACCUGCUCUAUUUCCUGAUGAGUGUAUGGAAGAAAAACUUUAUUAUUUAUUAAGAGGAGGUAGUCAUUUUCCACGUGGCAUUUCAAGAAUUCAGCCUCUUAAGACAUGCAACCGGCCAAUCAGGAUUGGUUUGUCAAGAAAAGCUAGAUUUAAGCAACUCCAUCCCUACCUGAAAUAAAUGUAUUUCAAGAGCUUAAAA